CACUGCGGCGGCCCGCGCGCUGCGUCCAGCUCGGAGCUGCCCCGCGCCCCAGCCGCCCGGCCGGUCGGCCGCCCUGGCCCACGGCGCAGAUGGCUGUGCGCGGCGCCAACACCUUGACGCCCUUCUCCAUCCAGGCAAUCCUCAACAAGAAAGAAGAGCGCGGCGGGCUGCCCGCGCCAGAGGGGCGCCCGGUACCCGGGGGCACCGCGGUGGCAGUGUCUGAGGCGCCCGCUGUCUGCUGCUGGCGACUCUUCGGGGAGACAGACGCGGGCGCUCUGGGGGGCGCGGAGGACUCUCUGCUGGCGUCGCCUGCCGGGACCAGAACGGCUGCGGGGCGGACGGCGGAGAGCCUGGUUGGUUGGGACUCAGACUCGGCGCUGAGCGAGGAGAACGAGGGCGGGCGGCGCUGUGCGGACGCGCCAGGGGCCAGCGGGGCCGGCCGUGCAGGGGGGACGCUGGGCCUCGGCCAGCCGGUCUGCGAGCUGCCCGCCGCCAAGGACCUGGAGGAGGAAGCCGCAGGCCGGAGCGACAGCGAGAUGUCGGCCAGCGUGUCAGGCGACCGCAGCCCUAGGGCCGAAGACGACGCUGUUGGCCCCGGAAGUGCACGCGUGCCGGCGCUGUGCAGCCGAACCGGCGGCGGCGGCGGCGGCGGCGGACCGGCGGGCGGCGCGGAGGAGGAGGAGGAGCCCGCCGCGCCCAAGCCGCGCAAGAAACGCUCGCGGGCCGCCUUCUCCCACGCGCAGGUCUUCGAGCUGGAGCGCCGCUUCAACCACCAGCGCUACCUGUCCGGGCCGGAACGUGCCGACCUGGCCGCGUCGCUGAAGCUCACCGAGACGCAAGUGAAGAUCUGGUUCCAGAACCGUCGCUACAAGACCAAACGCCGGCAGAUGGCCGCCGACCUGCUGGCAUCAGCGCCCGCCGCCAAGAAGGUGGCGGUGAAAGUGCUGGUGCGCGACGACCAGAGACAGUACUUGCCCGGCGAGGUGCUGCGGCCACCCUCGCUGCUGCCACUGCAGCCCUCCUACUAUUACCCUUACUACUGCUUCCCCGGCUGGGCACUGUCCACGUGUGCAGCCGCCGCGGGCACCCAGUGAGCCGGCCCGGGGCGAGGCAGCAGACGAUCCCCGCGCCCCGGCUCCCGACGGCCGCAGACCGCUGUGCAGGUUGUGCUCCGUACGAGGGCGCCCCGCCGAGGGGGCAAGUGGAGGACGAAAUCCAGCCCAGGCUCAAAAUCCAGGAGCGCGCCCUGGCAGCGGGACUGAGUCUGUCCAGAGGGGGCGCCUUUUUCUAAUUUGAAUGGAGGCACCCUAUGGCCUCGGGGCCUUGCUCCCCAGUUGCCUGCCUGGAAGCUCUUGGACAUUAUUUAUUAUCACAACAAAGUUGGAUUUGGAUUGUAUCUGCCAGGAGACGGCGUUUCCCCGGAACGCAGAGAACUCCUGGAUCCACGUAGCCUGAAUCCCCAGAAUUUCAGGCUGCCUGGGAGCUUCGUGCACUAGGCCACAAUAGUUCAUGGUAUCCAUGCUACCAAUCUAUGUUUAUCUACAUAUCUAUUUUUUUGGAAAUUGCAUUUGUAACAAAGGGGUGCGGAACCUUGACAGCCCCAAGGAGCCCCGAGCGCUGGGCGUUGAUUUGAACCGUGAAAGGUUUGCUUUUUCGGGCCCUCUGCCCCCACCCCUCACCGUGUCAAAGCUGGGGUGGGGACACCCUGUUGGAUGCUGAAUGUAAAGAAGGGAGUCUCUGAGCACAGGGCAGGGCAGAGCCCCCUCCACCCCAAUCUUUCCUCUCCGAAGUCCAGGGCCGCUUCCAACUGGGGAGCUUCCUGGGAACCCCAAACCGGGAAAGAGCAAACCCAGCAACCUUUGGCAGAAACUUUCUUUUCUUUCUUUUUAUUUUUGUAAAGGAGGUUAAAACGUAUAGCACUUUUCGGUUGUUUGUAUUCAAAUAACGGUUAUUUUUGUAUUCAACGUGAAUAUCCCUGACCAGCCUUUCCCGGCGUCCCCCACAGUUCCGACGCUGGGCCCUCUGUCUCUACCGACCAUUCUCCGAGGUUCCUGCGUUCUGACCCAGGAUUCUCCCAUCCCUGCCCCUGCCCCUAAGACAGAUGAUCCUGUCAACCUCGUUGCUUUUUGCCUCCUUAAGGGCACUGUGCACUCAACUAGAAUAUUAACUUUAAAAAGAUUUGUGAAGUUUGGAAGCCUGUUUGCUUUAUCUUUC